GGAAAGGCAAAACGAAGGCAUCAAAAGAGCACUAGCAGCAUCUAAGCUAGAUAAUAAGGAUUGGAAGCAAGCAUUAGAACAAUACGUACAUGUGCACAACAAAGUUAGACCGCUAUCAAGGUUGGGAGUAACUCCAUUUGAGCUUCUGGUGGGAAGGAAAUUCAGAGGCACGUUUCCUUGUAUGUGGACGAGCACACCUGAAGCUUUGGAUCGAGAUGAAAUUGCUGAAAAAGAUGCUUUAUCUAAAUUGGUAAGCAAACACUAUGCUGAUUCGAAGCGGGGUGCCAAGAUUUCCAAUUUGAACGUUGGAGAUAAAGUUAUUUUGACUCAACUGAAACGAUUUAAAUCCGACCCAAUGUUCGGUAGCGAGAGGUUCACUAUUGUAGCAAGAGACGGAGCCAAAAUAGUGGUACGUAGCGACCGAGGGGUGCUGUUCACCAGAAACGUAGCAGAUGCUAAACGGAUUACGGAAGAUGUUGAUAAUGAUGGUGAAAUUCGGGCAGGUGAAAUAACAGAAAAGCAGAUGGCGACAGAACUCAAUGCGGACAACGAUCUGGCGAUCAAUCCAACAAAUGAUGUCGAAAAUCAGAUAACUGGUUAUGAUUUUCCACCAGAAGAUCGAUUCGAUAAGGCUAUGGAUCGGGAUAGUUCGACGAGUAGUGAUGGCCGUAAUGAAAGACCCAAACGUGCACAUCAAAAACCACGGAAGUUUGAUGAUAUGGUGCUGUAUACAAUUUUUGAAUGAGAGUAGAGGUGGGGUGACAUGUAGAGAAGCAGAUAAAAAAAGAUAAAAAGAAAAUACAAAACAAAUUUUAUGUUAUUGAAUAAAAGAAUAAAAAAAAAAAGAAAGAAAAAAUAAAUUAAUAGCAUUAAUUC